CCGCCCGGGGUGUCGAGGCUUGAGGUAACGGGCUCACCCCAGACACCCAGGAAGUGACAGCAGUGGAUCAAAACAGAAACAACGGAGGGUCGCUGCGUUUCCUCUCCGAGCCCAGGUUCUGUGUUUAUUUUGUUUAUUUGAGAGUCCAGCUCCUCAGCUGCACUUCUGUGGGCUUCACGAUGUCGUUCACCUCCGACAGACGAACACUCAGCCCCUCGCUGUGGGCUGCCGUCGCUGUGCUGUGUGUUAGCAUCGCUAGCCUGGGGGAAUGCUACCAACCUACUCUAACACCAACAACUGCCUGCUCCGUCUACAAGAACUGUGACACCUGCGUGCCUCAUGCCAGGUGUCUUUGGUGCUUCUCCACCAACAACUGCUCAGAAUACCCAGUGCGCUGGUUGCUGCCCCCAGCGACAGUGUGCCCGCUGUCCCAGGCCCGAUGGGGCAUGUGUUGGCUAAACUUUGAAGCCCUGAUCAUUACCAUGGCUGUGCUCGGUGGAAUCAUCCUGAUCGGCAUUAUGGUGUGCUGCUGUUGGUGCUGCCGCUGCUGCUGCUGCAAGAAGCGUGGGUCGAGGCCCGACAGAGAUGAGGAGAUACUUACCAGGAGGAGAGAGGAGAUCAAAAACCGCGCUGAAGAACGGAAAGUGGACAAAAAGGCGCGGCAUGAUGAGAUCCGCAAGAAGUAUGGUCUCAUGGGCGACUCGGACCACCCGUACAGCAAGUUUGAGAACGAGUAGAGCAGCUGUCCUGGUGGAGUUCCACAGGAAGCGUUCGGAGUCCGUCUUCGUUUAUAUCUUGGAGUGAUUCCCUUUUCUCACAAAAACCACACACAACUCGACAAAUACUGCUGAGUGCCGUCCAGAAUGAUUCAGUUCAGAUACAAAUCACCAUUUUAAAUAAGAAACCUGAUGGAAGGAGAUUCUAGAUUUUAUUUUGAUUCUCAAUGAGGAUUGUGUUUGUGUCGGGCGGAUGUUGAAGCUUGUUUUUAAACCUGCAAAUUUCUUUUUGUGUUCUGAAAUUUUGUCACGUGUGUUAAUGUAGUUUUAUAUGGGGCUUUUCGUUUUAUAAAUGCAAUGUUGAUUUAUGAAAUACACAAUAAUGAUUGCACCAUAGGUGUGUUGUGACACAUGAAUAAAAUUCUGCUCUUUUAAGAA